UCUACUGGCUAUGAUCUAGUACACGGUUCGUUGCUAGGGGAGGGCUACUUUCUCCCCAACUCCGGCAAGACUGAACUCUGAAGUCGUGGCCAUACCUUGUCUUUGACUUUUCAGAAACCUACCUGCUUGCAGGAGUCGAGAGAUAGUGCACGGUUGUUUGUUGGCUGUCGCUACCGAACACUUGUGUCUUCAGCGUUAGAUUUCACUGAGACUGCGGUCGUAAAUCAUAAGUGGCCGGAACGGAACAGGACUCCGACUGAUCGCUAGCGCUGCAGCUGCUAGACUAAUUCGCUAUCAAUUAUUAUCAUGUCCAGUAGUAGUCGACAGAAGUCACUCUUCGGAGCACCAGAUGCGUUUGCCACGGAGAUGAGCAAGCUGGUCAACAGCUCCGAACUAAGUGAUUUACAGUUCGUCCUUGGCGAGGAUCGACACCUUAUCUAUGCCCAUCGCUGCAUACUGGCCGCAAGAUGUGAGGUGUUUCGGGCCAUGUUUGCGGAGAGGAGUGCAUCAGACGACAUGCCCUUUGUGCUAUCAGAUGUUCAGCCGAUCACGUUCAUUAUGAUGCUGGAGUUCAUCUACACAAACAGAUGUUUACCGACAUUGGAACAGGCAGUGGACCUGUUGAGCACUGCGGUUGAGUACGGUCUACCAGAGCUUGUCAAGGUGUGCAUCCGAUUCAUGACAGACCGGCUAACCGUGGAGAAUGCUUGCGAAUAUGUACAGGCAGCACUUGUGUAUGAGCUCACAGACCUCCAGUCAACGUGCAAGCAAUUCAUUGAGAGUCACACUGCAGUUGUGUUCCAGUCAAGGGGAUUUCACGAGCUGUCCGAGGAGACCAUGAUAUUCGUUCUGAAAUGCAACGGACUACAGCUGGAUGAAGGAGAAGUACUCAAGCACGUGAAGGAAUGGGCGAGCGUUAACUCCGUUGUUACAGGAGAGUCGCUUGGGGAGACGUGUCGCAAUGUCAUAGAGCAUGUGCGCUUUCCACUGCUGGACCCAGAUGAGCUCAAGGUCAUAGAAAAGGAGAAUGAAAAGAAAAAAUACAUUCCGGUACGUCUGAUAUCAGCGGCAUGGAGGUUCCAUGCUACAAAGCACGCCGUGCCAGGUGACCCACAGGUGACGGUACGCAGCGGCACCCUGCGUCGGCCAUCCUUGCAGCCACUCGGCCAUGGCUUGUAAUGUCUGCUAUGAGCUAAGCUAUCAGCCUUCCACACUGGCAAGACAGAAGCAGAAUAGAGUGUAUGGACGUGUGGUUGGCUGCUAACAUACACAGGUCAGGCAUGCACACCCAACAGCGUACAUUGCUGCUGGAUGAAGCUGUUGGCAGGUUCACAGCUCCGGCAUUGCAGUGCUGUCCAUGUGCAAAUCUGAGCUGCUGACAUUGUGUUCGCAUUCUACGGCCGACCUCGUUCUCACGUAUCCGUGCAGAGUAGCGCGGGCUGGGGAGCGGGCAGUGAAGGACAACUGGCUUAAAAUCAAUCCGUGGGCCAGUGGGGCCACAGAUAGGUGCAAUUAAUUCGCAAGAUGCAUACAGUCGAAAGCAGAAACUGGGCACACCUGCAAUGCACAUGCAUGUUCGUGUUCACAUUUACACAGCUCUUUGCAUCACCAGUCCGACAAUAAUCACACUUGAAGUAGCUCACUUCUGAGCAUUGUGUUGUAAAUAAUCAACUCGAUUAUUCCUGUAGUUAUGGUAGCUGCUGGUAGUGCUUUUUUAUUUCAUUUAUUUACAUUUCGUCCCUCUCUUGAGUCCGGCUUAGCAAGAGGCUUGAUAACAUUGGUUACUCUGUUGAUCUGCAAUAGUGCAGCACUGUUCAAUGCGAUUGCUUCAAGUUUCACCCCGCUGAAGUUAUGUUCUCCUGGCAGGAAAUUCUCAGAACUCCGACAGUGUCAAUUAUUCAUUAGAGAGAGAGAGAGAGAGAGAGAGAGAGAGAGAGAGAGAGAGAGAGAGAGAGAGAGAGAGAGAGAGAGAGAGAGAGAGAGAGAGAGAGA